CACAACUCGCGUUUUCCUUUCCACCUGCAAACAAUUUCAUGCAGCAGCGCGCUCCCGCCACCGUCUUCACGGCCGCGUCCCUCCACGAGCACGUCCUCCGCCUCCACCAAUGCGGCGGCGGCCACCUCCUCCUCCACCGCGCCCACGCGGCCGCCCUCGUAUCCGGCGCCCUCUCCGCGUCCCUCCCCCUCGCGGGUGCCCUGCUCCUAUCCUACUCCGCGCUCGCCGACAUCCCCUCGGCGCGCCUCGUCCUCCGUUGCCACCCGCUCCGCCUCCGCUCUGCCUUCCUCUGGAACUCUCUCUCCCGCGCGCUCUCCUCCGCCGCCUUCCCUGCCGAGGCCCUGCAAGUCUACAACCGCAUGGUCCGCUCUGGCGUGCGCCCAGACGACCGCACCUUCCCCUUCGCCCUCCACGCCGCCGCCGCCGCAGCAGCAGCAGCAGAGGCCCACUACGCCAAGGGCCUCGAGCUCCAUGCGGCUGCUCUCCGGCGCGGCCACCUUGCGGACGUCUUCGCCGGAAACACGCUCGUUGCGUUCUACGCAGCCUGCGGCCGCGCGAGCGACGCGCGCAGGGUGUUUGAUGAAAUGCCCGCGCGGGACGUCGUCUCGUGGAACUCUCUCGUCUCGGCAUUUUUGGCAAGCGGGAUAUUGGAUGACGCGAAGAGGGUAGUGGUGGGGAUGAUGCGGAGCGGGGUUCCGGUAAAUGUGGCGAGUUUGGUGUCGGUGGUGCCUGCCUGUGGUGUGGAGCGGGAGGAGGGGUUUGGGUUGGGUGUCCAUGGGUUGGCGUUGAAAGCUGGACUUGACUCUGUGGUGAAUCUCGGGAAUGCAUUGGUUGAUAUGUACGGGAAAUUUGGAGACUUGGAGGCAUCAAUGCGAGUGUUUAACGGAACACUGGAGAUGAAUGAGGUUUCUUGGAAUUCUGCAAUAGGUUGCUUUGUUCAUGCAGGGCUUUAUGAAGAUGUGCUGGAACUGUUUAGGGCAAUGCCAGAGUGUGGAGUCAUGCCAGGGUCUAUAACGCUGUCAAGUUUGCUGCCUGCUUUGGUUGAUCUUGGUUAUUUUCAUUUGGGGAAGGAGGUGCACGGGUAUAGUAUAAAGAGAGCGAUGGAAUCAGAUAUUUUCAUUGCCAACUCACUAAUGGAUAUGUAUGCCAAAUUUGGUUGUUUGGAGAAAGCGUCUGCUGUCUUUGAAAAAAUUGAGGCACGCAAUGUGGUCUCCUGGAAUGCAAUGAUUGCAAAUCUUGUGCAAAACGGAGCUGAGACUGAGGCGUUCAGGCUUGUCAUUGAAAUGCAAAAGAAUGGCGAAUGCCCAAAUUCAUUCACACUUGUGAAUCUGCUUCCAGCCUGUGCAAGGAUGGCCUCUAUAAAGAUGGGGAAGCAGAUCCAUGCAUGGUCAAUCCGUAGAAGAUUAAUAUCUGAUUUGUUCGUAUCAAAUGCUUUGAUUGAUGUGUAUGCCAAGUGUGGGCAUCUGAGCUUGGCAAGAAUUAUUUUUGACAGGUCAGAGAAAGACGACGUAUCAUACAACACUUUGAUUUUGGGUUACUCGCAGAGUCCAUGUUGUUUUGAAUCUCUGCAUCUCUUUGAGCAGAUGAGGUCUUCCGGAGUUGAGUAUGAUGCUGUUUCCUUCAUGGGUUGUCUGUCUGCAUGUGCUAAUUUAUCUGCAUUUAAGCAAGGCAAAGAGAUUCAUGGUGUUUUAGUGAGGAGAUUGUUAAGUACUCACCCAUUUCUGGCUAAUUCACUGCUGGACUUGUACACUAAAGGUGGAAUGCUUGAUACUGCCUCAAAGAUCUUCAGUAGGAUUACAGGAAAGGAUGUUGCUUCAUGGAACACUAUGAUCUUGGGAUAUGGGAUGCAUGGCCAAAUUGAUGUUGCAUUUGAAUUGUUUGAUUUGAUGAAGGAUGAUGGUAUCGACUAUGAUCAUGUAUCUUACAUUGCAGUGUUGUCAGCAUGUAGCCAUGGUGGGCUUGUAGAGAGAGGUAAGAAGUACUUCAGUCAAAUGCUUGCCCAAAAUAUUAAACCGCAACAGAUGCACUAUGCUUGCAUGGUAGAUCUUCUUGGGCGUGCUGGACAACUGACUGAAUCUGCUGAAAUAAUCAGAAACAUGCCUUUUCAUGCUAAUUCUGAUGUUUGGGGAGCAUUACUUGGGGCUUGCCGUAUACAUGGACACAUUGAAUUAGCACGAUGGGCAGCAGAGCAUUUGUUUGAGUUGAAGCCAGAGCACUCAGGCUACUACACUCUACUGAUGAACAUGUAUUCUGAGGCGGGGAUGUGGAGUGAAGCAAAUGAGAUCAGAACACUAAUGAAAUCAAGGAAGGUACAGAAAAAUCCUGCCUCUAGCUGGGUACAGAGUGGCAACAAGCUACAAGCUUUUCUUGUUGGGGAUGGAUAAUGAUGGUGCUGAGAUAAUUCGAAUUGAGUGACAGUGCACUGUAAUGUGGCAUGGUGCACUGGUAUGGUGGCAGGAAAUCUUUCACCAGGAAUUAACUGGAUACAGAAAACACCAUGUGCAACAUUUUUGUGACUGUAAUAACAAAAUCUAGCAAUAUUGCAGAUUAGGGAUUGGCAGUCACUUGCAGAAGAUCAUAAUUCACUUAGCUGUCAAUGACUGCAACUAAGAAAACAUACUGCUUGGCAUGAAAGGAAUUACGUUAGAAUCUCUGGAUAUUAUUGAUGCUAUCGAGUUAAUUACAUAUCUAUGCUCAUGUGUUCUCACCAAGAAACAGAAGUGGUGGACUGAUGGCAAUAUAAGCAAGAGGAAGAACAACGUUUGAAUUCCAUAGAGGAGAAGAAACCACAGGUGCAAGUUCAUCUCUUCAUAUUUCAGUUGAUAUUCAGAAAGGUGAUACAUAUCUCGUCACAGGCAUUGAUGGAUAAAAAUAAGCUAGACCCUACAGGACAACAAAUUAACAUAGAGAAAGAAAAUGCCAGGAGGGAAGAAGCGACAAGACAAGCUUUUGAUCCUGAGUCAUGAGAUAUUUUUCAUGUUGACUGAACUGUUGAUGCACAGGAAGCUCUUUUGGGCACCCUGCUUGAGAAAUGGAGGAAAUCACAAAUGAAACUUGUCAAGACUUGAGCUGAAGCGUUGCCUGUACAAGAUGAUGUGGCAGGAAGAGGAAAGCAUCUGCACCAUUACAAAAUGAUAGAUCAGGCCGAAGGACGGACAACGAAGGAUUGGAGGUUCGAGGAUACAAGUGAUAAUCUCUCCCGAAGGGUGCACAUGAAAAAGGGAAUGCCAAAGGGCGGAAGUGGAGCAAAGCUCGAAAGUGAGGACCAAAGGACGAAGGGAUGCGAUGAAGCCUAGAUGACGAAAGGUAGAACGAUACCCUGAGGAUGAAGGGGUGCGACACAAGGACCUUCGGUAAGAGAACGAAGACCUACCCUAAGAGUAGCCUACGGGUUAACAAGAAUCUAGCAGGAAGAUGACCAAAGAGAAUCCGCCAGUAGCCCCAAAGGGGGACCUGAUGCAGGCCCCUGGGACACGUGUCAUGUUCGGUUAGGAUAGUGCUCUGCAAAUGUACAUUGACAGUAAUACCUAGAAUAUCUUAGAAUAUUUUCUAGUGUUAAAAGAAAUAUUCUUGUAGAUAAAGGAUACAAAUGUUAUAAUGAUCAUGACAGUUGAGGUGUAUGACUAUAAAUAACCCUAUCUAGCCGUUAUAAUAAUAAGACAGAACAAUUAUUA